UCCUUAUAAUUCUUUUGGCCUUUAAUGGCUUUCUCUUCUUUUCUUUUCUUUAACUCCCGUCUUCUUUCUAGUUUUACGCGAUUCCCUUGUUCUUCGCGGGCCAAAGCGCACCUAGAAUCAAAGGCACAAGGAUAGCUCACCCUCGAUUUCAGCAUCCCCUCCAAACGCGCUAUAAAUACCACUGCACAUACGCACCUUGCUGCAUCACCAUUUCACCUCACAACACUUCUCAUCUUGGAGCUCAGCAGCACAGCAUCCAAGCUUUUUCUUCGGCAAGAUGAACAGGAAGCCAGGCGACUGGGACUGCAGGUCGUGCCAGCACCUCAACUUCAGUCGCCGGGACCUAUGCCAGCGCUGCGGCGAGCCACGCAGUGCCGCUGACCGUGGCAGCGUCGGUGGCGCUCUUGGUGGUGACUACGCCAACUUUGGCGGCCGUGGCGGGGGUGGUUCCUCCUUUGGUACCGGCUUUGGUGCCGGCUCUGACGUCCGCCCGGGCGACUGGUACUGCACCUGCGGGGCGCACAACUUCGCCAGCCGCUCCAGCUGCUUCAAGUGUGCUGCCUUCAAGGAGGAAGCUGCCGUCAAUGGUGGCGCUGGUGGCUUUGAUGGUGACAUGUCACGCUCAAGGGGCUUCGGCUUCGGCGCUGUCGGUGGCAUGGGUGGCGGCAUGGGAGCCGGCGCGGCCGGUGGUCGUGCCAGCCGCCCUGGCUGGAAGUCUGGCGACUGGAUUUGCACCAGGUCUGGAUGCAACGAGCACAACUUCGCCAGCAGGCAGGAGUGCUUCAGGUGCAACGCACCGAGGGACUCCGGUAGCGCCACGCCAUACGAAAAUUUCUUGCACUGAGGUGUAGGAAGGCCAUGACGGCGGCGAUGAGCAGAAGCAGCAAAGGGUGUCCGUGUCCCGCAGUCGACAUCAUCAUCAUAAGAAGAAGAAGAAGAAAGUAGAAUGCAAAGAAAUCCUCCUCGAGUGCAUGCUUACUAGUUUUGUCUCUUCCCGUUUUAGAUUUGGUUGUCAUUUCCCAUUUGGGACCGUCCGUCUGUCCGUCUGAUCGAUGAUGACUAGCUAUGUUUACCGUUUUAUUAUUUCCGUUCCUUUCAUCAAGUUUGCAGUUCGAGUUAUGUAACCCAAAGACGUAUGCUUUGCUUCAGAAGUAUUAUUGACUAGUAGUACUAUUGCGUCUUAAA